AUGGCAAUCGCGUCGCAGCCUACGCUGAGGGGGAAUUUGAUGGCCAACUUGUCGCGAUACACUGGGUAUGAUGCGCCUGGUGGCUUAUGGCGAAUCGCAGCCAUCUUGUUGGCUCUAGUCAAUCUCAAGAACCUCCCAUUUGUGUGGCAUCUGCGUGUUUUCCGCGCCCUGUUAUAUCAAAUUUAUCUACAACCAACGGCGAUUCCUCCUCAUGCACUUUUCCAACCGGCCAUCACGUCUACACGUACCACACUCCUCGAGACGGACUACAAUCUCCACAAGUCCAACAGUACUUACUUCGCGGACAUGGACAUCUCGCGCACGCACCUUUGUACCGCCAUACUCAGAAACGCGAUCAAGAAGAACAGUCGGUUGUAUGGUGCGAAGAAGAGCGCUGUCGCGGGUAGUGUGGGGGCGACAGAUGGCACACGCGGGAGGCAUUUGGUUGCACUCGGCGGAAUCAGCUGUCUAUUCAAAAAGGAGAUCCCGCCCUACAAGAAGUAUGAGAUGUGGUCGAGGUUACUUUGCUGGGACAAGAAAUGGCUCUAUAUUGUCACCCACUUGGUCAAACCUGGUGUUGCGCAACCUUCGAGCUGGAGUCUCCAACCCUGGAAAAAGGCUAAAACAGUAGACCAGAAUGUUGACAAGGACAAACUCCUGAAUGCAGUAUAUGCGACUGCCAUUGCUAAAUAUGUGAUCAAACGAGGACGGGUCACGGUACCUCCUGAGGUGGCCCUGACAGACGCUGAUAUGGUUCCACUGAAGCCCGAAGGAUGGUCAUACCAGGAGAAGGCGGAAAUUAGUGGUGACGAAGAUGAGAGUGUGGAGGGGUUGCUCCCAAAACCUGUCGGUGCAGACAAUUGGAAUUGGGAUACCAUCGAAGCUGAACGACUUCGAGGGCUCAAGGUGGCAGUCAAGUUCGCGGAGUUGGAUGCAUUGCACAGCUAUUUCGAUGGUGGAAAGGACGGCGUGUUGGGUGAGUUCGCGGAUUUAUUGUUCUAG